AGUCGGGGAGCUGAGCAUAAACAAAGUUGACCAAGUUGGAGUCACUGAGUCCACUCAGAGGGUUACGAUUUGUGCUUAACCUUACUCCACUCCAGAUGCAUGCUUUGGGGAGGACUCUGGCUUUGAUGUUACUCAUCUUCAUCAAUAUUUUGGUGCCUGAGUCAAGUUGUUCAAAUAAAGGACAGGAGGAGAUCCCACCGGAUGAUUCAUUUCCUUUUUCAGAUGAUAAUAUCUUCCCUGAUGGAGUGGACGUCACCAUGGAGAUGGAGAUUAGCACUCCAGUGUCUGUACAGAUAGGUAUCAAGGCUCAGCUUUUCUGUCCCCCUAGUCCAUCAAAAGAAGUGACACUUAGAAUAUGGGAAAUAACCCCCAGAGGCUGGCCUUCCUGCAGACUACCCUACAGAGCAGAGUUGCAGCAGAUCAGUGAAAAAAUCUGUACUGACAGAGGGACCACUUGGGCCCCCCCACAUCACAAGAGUUCUGACCUUCAGAUCAAAUCAAUGGCCCUCAAGCAUGAUGGGCAUUACUCAUGUCGGAUAGAAACAACAGAUGGGAUUUUCCAAGAGAGACAUAGCAUCCAAGUGCCAGGGAAAAAUAGAACUGUAGUUUGUGAGGCAAUUGCAGGCAAGCCUGCUGUGCAGAUCUUUUGGACUCCAGAUGAGGACUGUGUCACUAAGAGUAAAUCACACAGCAAUGACACCAUGAUUGUCAGGAGCACGUGUCACUGGGAGAAAAACAAUGGCCACGGUGUGUUCUGCUUUAUCUCCCAUUUGACUGACAACUGGAUUCUCUCCAUGGAACAGAAUCAAGGUACAAUGAGCAUCCUGCCUUCCUUGCUGAGCAUUCUCUAUGUGAAACUGGCUGUAACUGUUCUCGUCGGAGGAUUUGCUUUCUUCCAGUGGAGAAAUUAUUUCAGAGUGCCAGAAGGCUCCUGAGGAGAGUGGUCUGUGGUUAAGAUGAGAUUUACCACCAUCUGAAAGACAUAUUGUCUACCGCGCAGCAUCCUGAGGUUCCGAGAAGCAGCCACAGAACCUACUAGGAAGGCAAAUCUGAUGUGGUUGUCAGUCCCUUCAAUGGACCUGAGUACUUCUAUAAACCCGAGUGAGGUUGUGCUGGACCCAGGAGCCAGGCUAGGUCAUAUAUUUUGAUUUUUGCUGCAAGACCUCAUGGUUUAUUUACAAAUCCUAAAUUCUUUCACUUCCAGUUUUAAAACUUUUGGCCCAAGCAUUCUAUCCAUAGCAUAACACCUUUAAAGAAACUCUCCCACAGAAACUGCUGGUUCCAUGGAAUGGAAAAUUGCAACAUGGUUUACAAGACAGUGCAAACCAAUCAUCAUUCCAAGAUAUGAGCUUCAGAAAGUUACAGGAACUGUCUUGGGACUAGGAAGAAGGAUUAAACAGUUCCCAGUCCAGCAAGAAGCAUCUGUCUUCUGUCAUUUUCUCCACGUAACAUAAAAUGUGCAGUGGAAGGCAGUCAUGCCAACAGGGGUGAGGAAGGUCAGUUGUUGGUAACAUUUUCCACUGAUCUCUUACAACUGAAACCUCAAAUCCCAUUACAGUCCAACUGCCUGUCAGCUAUGAUACUGACUGAUGCAGGCCAAGGUGGCCCAUCCCUUUCCAUCAAUU